UGGAGGUCAAAAUAGAAAGAGAUGUUUUAUAUGAAAAGAGAAAUGCAGAAUGGCUGAACCUCAUUGGCGCUAACCCUUGUAUUUUUCUCUCUUUUCUUUCGCCCCCUCUCUCCUUGCCUUCAGAACCCCUAACCCCCCUUCCCCGUCUCACCUCACCUCCCCCUCCCAGCUCUGGCUACAGACGCAGAGAGUUAUGCAGUCCUUCCGUGAGCGCAGCGGUGGUUACCACAGCAACCAACCCUGCUACCAGCAGGAGCCUCAUGAAUUAUCCCGUCUGGAGACCUACCGGCAACACCCGCAUCAUCCCCACCCUCAGCACCCGCACCCAGGCCCCGGUCCACACCCAGUCCCUGGUCCACACCCAGUCCCCGGUCCACACCCAGGCCCAGGCCCAGGCCCAGGCCCAGGGCACACCAGGUCAGGCUAUGAGGCUCAUCCACUGGUGAACCCCACCACCAUGCCUCCGGCUGGGGGACCGGGAACAGCAGGAGUACCCAAGGACUGUUACAGUCAGCAAGCAUACCCUGGUUACCCUGGCAAUGGUGGAGGGAAUGGGAGUGGAAAUGGGAUCCCAGCAUCCUCGCAGGCAAAGAAAUCCUACAGAGGAAGCAAAGUGCCCCCACCAAACCCCGGACAACACCUACAGGGUCCCGGGGGCUAUAGUAACCACAUGGGCCCGGGGAGUUACUCAGCCCAGUAUAUGAGUGAGGGUCACCUCCAGCAGAAAUGGGAGGACUCAGCCCAGUUAGCACAGUAUGACCCAGAGAUGGUGGGGCGUAUGGAGGCUGGUGGGACCCCCGCACCUGUGUCUUCUCAGUAUAUGGACCAGAACAUGCUGGGCCACUCGCAGACCCAGUGCCACCAGCCCUCCACCCCUGCCUAUACUAGCCCCCACCAUCAGCCUCACCCCCCUAACCCUUCCCCCUCCCCUCUCAUGUACCCCCAGAGUCACCUUCAUUACCCACAGCAUUCACCCUCUCCUUCGCCAUACAUGGAAAAGUGCAGCCCUAUGCCCCAGUGUUAUAAAGGUUACAACAUACCCCCCAACUCCCAGUAUGGCAGACAAAUGAGCAGCCACAGCAAUCUGAAGCCAGGGGCUUACCGGUCGACCCAGAACAGUUACGGCUACCAGCAGACUCCCUCCAGAGGUUAUGAGCAGCAGCCCCCUUUACAGGCCAUGCCUAACCCCCAGGAGCCCCACCCUAAAUACCAACACUACAGCCAACCACAACAGAACUACUGUCUCUCUGAGCUGUCUGUCAGAUCACCAGAACAGUAUUAUCAGACCUGCAGCCCCUCCUCAAGCCACUCCCCUGCACGGUCUGUAGGACGCUCCCCCUCGUACAGCUCCACCCCUUCACCACUAAUGAUCAAUCCAGAGUCGUUCCAGUAUGUCCAACCUCCCAUGACCCCUGGGGCAGCUUCAUCCGCUUCAUCCUCUUCAGCUGGUAUACAGGAGCAAACCAAUACCAACACCAUGUUGAUGCCCCCACGCUCACACCCCUCACCCAAUGUGCCCCACGCAGCCCCCCACAUCUACACUACGACGCCACAGGUCCCCACCAUGAAAGAACGCUUCUCAGAGAAGCUGUUGUCAAACCCCAGCUUGUGGAGUCUGAAUGCCCUCACCUCUCAGGUAGAGAACAUCUCUAAUAAUGUCCAGCAGCUGCUGCUUUCAGAGGCUAUGGUGGCCAACAAGAAAAGUGGUAAGCGCAGCAGUGGAGGAAGCAACAGCAGUGCUGGAACUGGAGCAUCCACCAAAAAGGGUGAGGAGUACAAAAGUCCUGCUUAUCCAGAUGGGGGUGGUGGUAGUAUUGGCGGAGGCGCCAUGCAGGACCCUUAUUCUACACCACAGCACCAGCCAAUGCCCAUGGAGCUCCAGGAGGGAGGAUACUCCAGCAGUAGUGAUGAACAGCUGGAGAGGGGAUACUACUACUGUGGCCAGGGCAGAAGUCCAGCACAGGCCCCCAAUAACACACAACUCAGCCUGGACACAGCCUCUUCCUGCUCGAUGACAUCUCCAGAUGAUAUGUCCACCAGGUCUGGGGACUCAGGUCUGCACAACCUUACCCCUGAUCCUAAUAGAUGUCAGUCAUCGCAGGGAGGAGAUGGCAUGAGUACUCCAGUGAAGAGCAUUGGUGAUGAGAGGUCGCCGACAAGCUUUACAAUCCCUAGUCCUAUGAAACAAGAAAGAGACUCCCCUUCAGAUAUACAGCAUAUUAACGAGCCUGUCAAAGAGAACUUUGAAGAAUCAGCCUGGACGGAGAAAACGUCCGAGAAAGAGGAGGUGUCCACACAAAACACUCCUGACCAUGAAAGAGAUUCAGACACAACUAAAUCAACAGAGCAUCUGGAGAAAUGGUCAGAUGAAGAAAAAUGCCCAGCUCUCUACAGCAAAGUAAACGAAGAAGAGACAGAAACUAAAUAUUGCUAUAAGGAGACUGUGUACCAAGAGGCUCAGAGCAAAUAUGACCCUGAUACAAGAGACUCAGUUGAACAAUCCCCAGCAGCUCUCUCUGACACCAGCCACAAGGAACACUUUGGCCAUGAGAUGAAAUCCGAGGCGUUCAAGUCUGAGUCACCAACUGCGUCUGAGAGCUCAGUGAAAACGUUGCCUUUCAUUUCUAGGGGUGACCUUGAACAGGAUCAAUAUUCCACAGAGAAGGAGGACAGCUCAGAAAACCCCUCUCCCAGCCCCCAAGUUGAAGCCUUGGAUGAGAGCAACUCAGACAAAAGAGAAAGGAGAGAUGAUGAGGAUGAGGAAGAGAUGGAGGAGGAGGGGGUUGGACAGGAGGAGGCCAAUGAAGAGCAAGAAGAAGAAAUACAGAAACAACAACCUUCUCUUUCCCCUCCUCUGUCUGUAGAGGCAAGGGAGGAUCUCGGAGAGGGGGAGAAAGUGUCAUCCACUGAGGAACACAUGAAUAACAGAGAUGGGCAAGAAAAGCCUCCUGGAGAUUUCUGCAGCAGGACAGAGAGUGAGAGUACUGAGCUCCAGACUGACAACGAGCCUUCAGGGGCGCAUGCCCAUCCAAAUGCAGCAGCAGCAACAGCAGAUGCUUCUGCGAGAGAGUCAGCCAUUGGGGACACUGCUCCCCAGCCUCAGUCUGCUAUGCCAGUUUUUUCGGCUCUCAAUGACAAGACAACACCUUCAGCUCAGACCAGAGAUCAUAUUGAUCACAUUGACACUAAAGUAUUGGAGCCAGAUUCUCCUCAGCUGCCAGGAAAGUCAAUACUUCCCUCAGCCCCCUCCUGGGCUGACACUCCACCCUCCCCCAAAAAAGGUGAUGAGGACAUGGAGCCAGGCAUCAGCUGCGCCAGUGCUGUGACCCCUUUGGCCAAGCCAGAACCUGUGGCCCCAUCUGCUCAGCCGAGGGCAUUUGGACGUAAGCAUGCCAGGGGCAGGAGAAGAAUCAUGCAUUCAGGUGUGGGAAUCAGGCGACAGCAAGGCUUGGAAAGGGAGGGGGAAAAGGAAGAGGAAGGAGCCUCUUCACAUACACAGAAGCUCUGCGUGCCUCUAAGCAAAUUAGAGCUGUUUUCAGAUCAAAUUGACAUAACUCAUCAAGAAUCUAUUGUGAGCCAAACUCCCAAAAUGCUAUCUGAUGGUUUUCGUUCAAGAAUGUGUACUCGCUCAUUCAAUGCACCAGAGGUGCCACCCAAGGUUGAGCCUCAUGUAAAGAGAAAACCAGGCCCAAAACCAGGACCAAAGCCGGGACUCAAACCUGGGCCAAAACCAAGUCCAAAACCAGGGCUUAAACCUGGUCUAAAGCCUGGACCAAAGCCCGGGCCAAAACCUGGACCUAAACCAGGACCAAAACCUGUGCAAAAUGAACCUGAGCUGCCACAGAAAAUUGAGACUCCUGUGAAAAGAAAACCAGGACCUAAACCAGGUUCAAAACCUGCGCCAAAACCUGGACCAAAACCCAGUCAAAAAGCAGCUCCAAAACCAGUACCGAAGCCUGGACCAAAGUCUGCAGAUGUUUUGCCCCCUGAUGACACCUCACCCAUCAAGCCCUCAGUUGGUCGCCCCAAAGGCUCAGUUUCGAAAGCAAAGAUCGUACAACAAGAAGAAAUCAUUCCACCUUUGCCAGACUUGCCUAGCAGGGUCAGGAAGAGCCCAACAGUUACAAUAUCACAAGUAAAUCAGGAUGUAAAAGCAGUAAACCAGGAAGAAAAUAAACCAAACCCGGAGGUUAAGGCACCAGAAAAGGAGAGUAAGAACAUGAUAUUGAGAUCCAGAAAGCCCUCGCAAGAAAAACUGUCAAAAGAAAAAAUCAAAGCGGAAGAUAUUCUGCCCCAGACAUUGACAGAAAUUAAACCCAGUGAUGAUUCACCAAAAGUAGAGGAGUCUGAUAUUUUGGAACAACCUCCAACUCCUAUUCCUAAUGCAGUCAAAAACAGAGAUGUUCCAGCAGACCCACCCACACCACUUGCCCAACCAGUCCCAACUGAACCAUCUGAAGAAAAGACAUCACUUCCAUUGAAACGGAAAACAAGCCCAGAACUUUCUACAACACCAGUAAAGAAAAAGAGAGGUCCGAAGCCCAAACCAAAAAUCAUACCACCCCAACCCCCUCUGCUGGAACAGGUUGUCUCCACACCUAAAGAGAAAGGUGUCAGAGGUACCAGAAGAAAGCGAGGGCCACCCAAGAAAACAUCUUCAGUCGCUCCACCACCCAAAGACACUCCUCCAAACAUCAGUGAAACUGAUAUCGCUAGUGAUGUGCCUGUGGUGCCUCCUCAAGGCCCCACUAGAACGAAAGUUCUCCCACCACGCAAAGGCAGAGGACAGAAGUACGAGGCCAUGGUGCAGAAAAUAACAUCUCCUAGUUCGAAGAAACACCUCCCAAUUCCUCAGAUAGACACUAAUCUAACUGAUGAUGUGACAGCUAAGGCUUUGUCUCAACAUGUCUUAAAGGAAGGUGAGGCAACUAUGCUCAUAAAUAGCACUGAAAUUAUAGAGGGAGAAGUCAAAAGUAUAGAGUCUAGACAAGAGGGAGUGAAACAACCUGAAGGAGUGGAUAGAAAAAAGGAGAUUACACGAGAAGAAGAAAAGCGUGAGGUUAUUCAAGAGGCAGUAACACCAGAUGAAGUGAGACAACGGGUGACAGAAGAGCUAUUAAAUAAGGCAGAGACAAGACAACAAAACUCUGAAACAAAGACACAACAGGAUCCUGGAGCUGACAAGGUUUGGAGCUCAAUAGACCCCCAAGAAGAAGUCAGGGCUCCAGGAGAUUCUGCACUACAGGCCUUAGAAAGUGUAUCUUCUGCUUCCAAGUCCUCGAGAACUAAAAGGAAGCGAUGGGCAAUGGUGGAGAGCACAGAUGCCACAGUAGUAGCCUUGGAAGCAGGGAGCCUAAUAGUUACAACACCAAGGCUGGCCAAGCAGAGGGCCAUUAAAAACAACCAUGAGAUGCAUCUAAAACAGAGGAGAAAGAAGAGAAAAGGCCAAGCUUCUCUGGAAGAAACAGAGACAGUUGAGGAGACAAAUAUUGAAACAGCAGAACAACAACAUGAGAAGGAAGAAGAGAAGGUAACACCCACAGAGCCCACAAGACCUCUGCCAAUCAGCACAGAUGAGAUUACAGAAGCCCCCCAGGUUACAAGCACAGAACUCAUUAAGAAACCUAGGAGAGGCAGAAAACCUUCCACAAAUCCAAGUAAGAGAAAACGAGGAAAAUCCUCAUUAGAGCAGAUUCCAGGAAAGCCAAUGAAAGUCCACAAAAAGCCUGGGCCAAAACCUGGGAUGAAAGAUGCCAUGGAGGUUAUUGAGGCAGUAGUAAGGGCUGCAGGGUGUGAAAGUAUCCAAAAAGAGGAGAGAGAAAAAGAAGAAAUGGAAAGAAGAGAAACAGAAAUAGAUGAAAGAUCUGAGCCAUGUAUCAUGGGUCCUGUGGUAACAGUAACAGAAAAACAAACUGAGAUUGUUACUAUGAAAAGAAUCAGGCGCAAACCAGUCCAUCAAAAUCCCAAUAUGUCUUUCUGUCCUUAUGUAAGGAUUAACAACUCCAGAGACUUCUCUUCUUGGUGUGCCAUAGUCAACAAGCCUGAAGAUGCAGUAAUCUUUCAGAGACGUAGAAAAAAAGGCAUUCUCAGAAUGAGAAAUCCUUUCACAGUUGCAAAAGGUGUGCCAAACACUGCUGCCAUGCUACAGGGACCCUUGGUAAAAAUGAAUCUAAUUGACAAGUGUCUUACAUGUUGCCUCUGCGGAAAGCCAGCAAAUUACAAAGACUUAGGUGAUUUGUGCGGCCCCUACUACACAGAGGAUUGCGUACCACGGAAGAUUUUGACCAUGGAGCACACAGAGUCCCUCAGGGAAGAGUCACAGAAAACCGACGACAAAAACAGUAGCAGCAGUGACGAACCGAGCAACUCUUUAAAGAAUGAGGGCGAGGGCAGCACAGAAAAGGAGGGCGGUACAGAGGCGUCAGCUCAAGAGGGCAGUAGUAGCAGGCACCAUCAUUGGCGCUAUCGGCGGGCAGAAAGAGCCGAGAGAACGGGUCAGGAGGCUGGUCCACGAAGAUUAAAGCUCCGAGAGAGGUUCAGGAGGAUGCAGCAGCUUCAGGCUGUCAGCUCAGGGGCCUCGAGUGACCAAGAGAGGGGGGGCAGUGUGUUUCAACGGCUACAAGUAGAAGCAGAGAGUAAAGAGCACUGGGCCCAUGAAAACUGCACCAUCUGGACCAAGGGGGUAGUAAUGGUAGCUGGGAGGCUCUACGGACUGAGGGAGGCUGCCAGCAACUCAGCCCAAGCGAGCUGCUUCAAGUGCCAGAUUGUGGGGGCGUCCCUCAGCUGCUGUUGGAGAGGAUGCUCUCAUAAAUACCACUAUGUCUGCGCCAAAGAGAUAGGCUGCACAUUCCAUGAGGAUGACUUCUCCAUCAAAUGUCCUAAACACGAGGACCUGUAAGAUAUUCCAGUUCAUCACCUCCAACACAAACACCACCUCUCAGCCAGAAAGGCGUCACUUAUCCAGCAAGGCAAACAGAGAUGUUGUCCUAACAGCCACCUAUACCUAAAAAACACAAGGAUGACUGACGGCGGACAGGCACAUCAAGCCAGUGGAGAUGGGGGAGGGUAAAAAGGCUGCUCUGAGGUGGAGGUAGGAGCAAUACAAACCCCGGGAGAAUGGCUCCGCAGAGAACAGCUGCUCCCUGAACCCCGGCCCGGAAACGUGUUUUCUCAACUGAGCCCCUUACUGGGAGGCAGAAGGCAGCGGCACUGUUUAACAGGAGGAAAGACUGCGCUUUGGAGACUGUGAAUCUAGAGCCCAGUGCACAGGGGGGGCUCCUUUAAAUGCAGAGCGAGGAACGUGUGUGUGUUCUGCCUUCGGAUGGGUUGCUAUCAUAUUCAGACACCUGGCGGACAGUGAUUGGACAGGAGCAUCCCUCUGGCCACCUUGUCUGUGAGCCAAGAAGUGUGUAUGCGUGUGUGUCUGUGCGCGUGUGAGUGGGAUAAUCACAUUGUCAUUCUACAGCCACACCCAUCCGUGUGUUUGGGCAUUAUGUGUGAGUGAAGAAGUUCGUCUCCAAGAUGUCAUUGCAUCAAAAAAGCAGCAGCAGCAGCCAACCACUGGAUGUACUAUCUCAAUGUGUGUGUUUAAAACAAGAGAGAAAACGAAACAAAAAAGGAACUGUACAUGAUGACGUGCUUUACAGGUUCUAAAUAUUCUGAUAUUGAAGAGUUCCGGAAAAAAAUGGACGCAGUAUUUUACUAUAAUGCUCUUAUCUUCGGAGAUGUAUUUUGAUGUGCAUUAUGACUAUACAACAUCAUUGCGUCACUCUUGGUAUAUGUCAGGCUUUGUUGUAAUUCCGAAAUUAACAGAAAAAAAUGAAAAAACUAAACUCUGUUCAAGAGUGUUACCCCAUUUCAACUGUGUGCACAUUCAAUAUACAGUAGACGACGCCAUCAUCACUCGACAGGUUGCAAAUCGGGGCUCCGAGGGUCCAACCGGGAGUCAGGUCAUCUCACCUCAUAUCUAUGUACAGUUCAGAAGUAUUACUGUUAAACAUGGCCAUCAUGUAUGAUUAUUUCACCCACAACAACAUCGCAGAAAGACACACAUUCACUCCAGAUUUCAUAACACUCCCGUCUGUUCGUGUAUCUCAGAUGUAGCCUCUUUCACUCUUCCAUGCUAUGUAACAACGCCCUGGACAGGGUGUGAGAUUAAGUACUGGUCAUAUCAAAAAGAGACAUAUUUAAGUAUUAGAGCAUAAAAGAAAGUGCAAAAACGCCACACCAAACGUUCUCUUUUAUGAAGCUCAUUAUUUAAUGGUGUAUAUAAGUAUUUGAAGCUGUUUAAAUGUAAGAUGUGAUGUACUAUUAUAAUUGUGUAUAGUAUUUCCUAGAGAUGUUUAUUUUCUAUAAAAUGGAAUAUGUUAUUGCUUAUAAAAUGUUAUUAAAAGAAUCCAUUGAUGAAAAAAAAUUACCUUUUUUGGGAAUGUCACUUGUCAUAAGUUGGAGCAUGUCGUUUUAUUGAUUUCCAUGUCUAUUUGUUUGAAAUCGAUGACACAGCAUCACUUUGUUUGAAAUGUUUUUUGUAACGCCAAUGUUAAAUAUACCAGCACCUUUCAUGCUGCUAUGACCAA